AUUCGGAAAAAGAAAAGCCAUUACUCUGAAAGUAUAAAGCCCCCCGUAGUGCCCCAAUUGCUGCUCCCUCCCCCUUCUGAGAAACCAUCGAAGCUGUAGACUCUCUCAUUACCCACACUCAACCUCAUUUCCUCUCUUUUCUCUUAUUCAUCUUCACAAUGGCCGCCGUGCUCAACAACACAGCCAAGAGCUUCAAGGCUCUACACAAGCCUGGCUCCCCCGUCGUCCUGACCAAUGUCUACGAUCUACUAUCCGCACAGGCUGUCGCCGAGCUCCCUUCGUCCACCGCCCUCGCUACGGCAUCGUAUGCCGUUGCCCGCGCCGCCGGCACCGACGACGACUCGAUGGACCUCGAGACCAACCUUGCAGCCGUCAAGCUCAUUGCGAAAGCUGCCAAUGACGCCAACAAGCCCCUUACCGUCGAUAUCCAAGACGCCUACGGCACCCAGCUGGAAGAGGCCAUUAACAAGCUGAUUGAUCUCGGCGUUGUUGGUGUGAACCUUGAGGAUGUCGACAAGGAGACCCAGAAGCUCUACUCGCUCGAAGGCGCUGCCGACCGAGUCCGUCGUGUGCUGGCCGUGGCCAAGGCUCGCGAUGUGCCCGAUUUUGUCGUCAAUGCCCGCUGCGACGUGCUCGUUCACGGUGGCACCCUCGAAGAAACCAUUGAGCGUGGUAAAGCGUAUCUUGCUGCAGGCGCCACGACCGUCUUUGUCUGGGGCGGCUCGACCCGCGGCGGAACGAAGCGCGAAGAGGUCGAGGCUCUCGCAGCGGCAUUUGACGGCCGCUUAAACGUGUCGCUGAAGCUGGCGGAUGGUUUGACGAUUGCUGAGCUCAAAAAGAUUGGUGUUGCGAGAAUCAGCAUUGGGCCUGCGUUGCAGUUCAAGGCCAUGGCUGCGUACGGAGCGGCCGCGGACGAGCUGCUUAAGCAGGCGUAAAUAAAAAUGCUGGGAAAAUUGGGUGGAUAGAAUAAUGAUGUAAUGAGUACUGAAAAAGAGUAAAGAAAUAAAUACUUAAUAAUUUGCGUCUAUUUUUGUCCUCAUCUCAUGUCACGCUAGUAGAUUUACAUCUCUCUAGCCUGUGAGUGUCUACUCCGUAUCAUCUUAUUCUCCUCUCCGUCAGCUAAUUUUUAGACUUAGCGGCCUCUUUUUAGUGUAAAAGAGAAAACCACCAAUGAUGAUUACCACGUGAAGAAAAUCACCACCUCUUUUUUUUUUUAUGCAUGUCGACACACCUGCAUUGGCCCAAUCCUUGCACUGUCUCACCGCACACUGCCCUACCCUGUUGUUCUUAUGCUACUGUUGGUCCCUCACCCGCCAUUUGGUGGUGCCUGUGCCGUGUGCCUGCAGCAGCGCCUGGGCAAACGGGCAGCUCCCAUUCGUUGCAAGUGUUAAACAAUUAAUACAGCAGCACAGCGAGGGCAACGCCACAGUGAAGCUUUCGCUGGUUGCGCCCAAUUCAGCACGGCCCCUCCCCCGCACCAGAACACAGCUUCGAGUCUAGUCCAUUGCCUAAUUUUUUUCUUCAGCGCACCACUGUAGAUUUAGGCUUUGCAGCUGGCAAUCUGCAGUGCGGCGCAGGAUCGGAGGGGUCAGUCAAACCAUGCCAGGGGUUGAGAGCAAGGUAAA